AUUGUGGGAAAAUUCCUGUAUCAAAAUGGCGACUUCCAUUCGUCAACAACUUUCGCAGCUUGCAAGCCUUUCACAUUCAGGUGGAUCUCACAAAGAAGUAACAGAAAAAUACAGAGGGAUAUUGGAAACGAUAUUAAAAACAGGUGGCAGUGACCUAGUUCCAUGUCUUCAGGCUUUUGUGGAGGCUUUGGUCAACGAGAAUGUGAGUCUGGUGAUAUCGCGUCAGCUGCUGUCUGACUUCUGCAGCCACUUAUCCAAGCUGAGUGACCCUCUGGCCAAACAAGUGGCCCAUUUUACACUGGAGAAGGUCCACACACGAGUCAUCUCAUUUGAGGAGCAGGUGGCGGCCAUUAGACAGCACCUGGCAGACAUUUAUGAGCGGGAGUUGUCAUGGCGAGAGGCCGCCAAUGUGUUGGUGGGGAUUCCCCUGGAGACGGGACAGAAGCAAUAUGCUACGGACUACAAAUUGGAAACAUACCUGAAGAUAGCUAGACUUUACCUGGAGGACGAGGACCCCGUUCAGGCGGAGGCUUACAUAAACAGAGCCUCACUCCUACAGGCCGAUACUAAGAACGAGGAACUACAGAUACACUACAAGGCCUGUUAUGCCCGUGUGCUGGAUUACCGCCGUAAAUUUAUCGAAGCAGCUGUGAGAUACAACGAGCUGUCAUUCCGCACCCUGAUAGCCGAGGAUGAGAGACUCACCUCACUGAAAAAUGCACUAAUCUGUACAAUUCUAGCGUCAGCAGGACAGCAAAGAUCGCGAAUGUUAGCUACAUUAUUUAAAGACGAACGAUGCCAACAGUUACCAGCCUACCACAUACUAGAAAAAAUGUACUUGGACAGAAUAAUCCGAAGUAGUGAUUUACAAGAAUUUGCGUCUUACUUACAAUCUCACCAGAAGGCUGUAACCAGUGAUGGAUCAACGAUUUUAGACCGAGCUGUGAUUGAACACAACCUUUUGUCGGCCAGUAAGCUGUACAACAAUAUAUCUUUCGGUGAACUUGGAUCGCUCUUGGAAAUUCCCUCGACUAAGGCAGAAAAGAUUGCUUCCCAGAUGAUAACCGAGGAGAGAAUGAACGGAUGUAUAGAUCAGAUUGACUCCAUUGUACAUUUUGAAGACCGUGAGGCACUACCCACAUGGGAUAAGCAGAUUCAGAGUCUGUGUUUCCAAGUCAACCAGAUCAUAGAGAAAAUCGACCAAACAGCACCCGACUGGAUGGUCAAGUUCAUGGAGUCACAAAUGGCGCAGUAACCAUAUCGAUAACAGACAAGAUUAAAAUUAUAUUUCAAUGGAACCUUGGUAUUUGUGAAAUACUUAAAAGAUCCCAAUAUGCUUGUGCUGUAAGGGAUAUUUACACUAGGGAAAGUACAUUUUACGUGAAGGUCAUGACCUGGUAGUGUGUUGCUAUGGUUACUGAAAGUUGUUUAAUGCCUAGAUGAUAUUGUUCCUACUGCACAAGUGCAAUAAAAAAACAAUACAGAUCAAUAGUGCUAUUACGAAGACUGUGGAUAAAAGUUUUAGACAAGGUAUUGCUCUUUACCUGUGAAGGAUGUUUUUGCAGGCAGGUGACAAAGAAUAUGUAAAAAGACCCAUUCAUUGGAUUUCCAGGGAAAAUGACAAGAAAGUCAGUGGAUUAUGUUGAACACCUGAAUUAAAAACUUUGUUUAAAUUCCAUCAUGUAUGUUUGCCUGUGUGAAUAAAAAUAUUCCUCGGUGCAUCAACCUGUAUUUACUACAUUAAAAAUGUAUCAAUUUA